GGAGACGGUCCUGGUUCAGCUCCGGGUUCAAGUCCUGGUUCGGGGCCUGGCUCCGGUCCAGGAUCAAGUCCAGGUUCAGCUCAGCUGACGGGACUACAUCUCCCACAAUGCACCGCGGCCUCGCCGCACAUUGUAAACACUCGUGAAGGACGGAGAGACAAAUGAUCGUCUUUGUGCGCUACAACCUGGGCCCCGGGGUGGCCGUGGAGCUGCAGGAGGAGUCCAGCGUGGCCGAGCUGAAGGAGAUGGUGGGGACCCAGCAGGGGGUCCAGCCGGAGCGGCUCCGGGUGCUGUUCGCCGGGAGGGAGCUGCAGAGCUGCUCCACUCUGCAGGGCUGUGACCUCCCAGAGCAGAGCACAGUGCACGUGGUCCUUCCGUCCCCAGCCUCCUCCUCCUCGCAGCUGCUCCUCCUGCAGGAGCGUCUGUCUCGGGGCAGAGAGCAGGAGCAGGACAGCCUGACCCGGCUGGACCUGAGCUCCUCGCGCCUCCUGUCCACCUCCUCCGGCCUGGCCGUGGUGCUGGAGGACGGCCAGACAGACGGAGGAGCAACGGAGAUGGAGGAGGCGCAGCAGCCUGCAGCUCCCAGAGGUGUGCGGAGCUGCAGUACUUUCUUCGUGUACUGUAAAAGCUGCAGGUCCAUUAAUCCGGGGAAACUGCGGGUGCGAUGUCGCGGCUGCAGACAGACGACGCUGACUCUCAGCCGGGGUCCGUCCUGCUGGGACGACGUCCUCCUUCCCGCCCGCAUCCACGGCGUCUGUCAGUCAGAGGGUUGCCACAGCAACGAGGCAGAGUUCUACAUGAAGUGUGCAUCCCAUCCAACAUCAGAAGAAGACUCCUCUGUGGCCCUCGACCUCCUCAUGACAAACACCAGAGACGUUCCCUGUAUCGCCUGCACUGAUGUCAUGGAGGUGGUCCUGGUCUUUCAGUGCUCCGAGCGUCAUGUGGUCUGUUUGGACUGUUUCCGUGGUUACAGCCAGACUCGGCUCAACGAGCGACAGUUUGUAUACGAUCAAGACAUCGGAUACUCCCUGCCCUGUGCAGCGGGCUGUGACAAUUCUUUGAUUAAAGAAGUUCAUCACUUCAGGGUCCUUGGAGAAGAUCAGUACGAGCGCUACCUUCGGUACGGGGCGGAGGAGUGUGUGCUGGCCCUCGGAGGGCUGCUGUGUCCGUCGCCGGGCUGCGGGGCGGGGCUGCUGCCCCCCGACGGCAGCAGGAGGGUGGAGUGCGACCGGCGGCUCGGCUGUGGCUUCGUCUUCUGCCGCCAGUGCCGGGAGGCAGACCACCAGGGGGAGUGUGCCGCUGCGCGGGACCCGCCCACGGGGGCUGCCUCGUCGGGCUUCGUGGUGGAGGCAGCGGCGUCUCUCAGGGGGAGGUGGGAUCAAGCAUCCCUGCUCUGCAUCAAGGAGUCCACCAAACCCUGCCCGCAGUGUUCGAUUCCUGUGGAGAGAAACGGUGGCUGUAUGCACAUGCACUGUCCUCGCUGCGGAGCAGACUGGUGCUGGCUCUGUGGCGUGGCCUGGAACAGGGACUGUAUGGGAAACCACUGGUUUGGAUGAA